GCAGAGCAGAGAAGAUUGAUGCCAAUCUGCAUCUUUCGGUUGGUACAAGGGUGAUCGGCGAUGAAGAAGCGACCGCUGGACCGAACGAAGGUGGUUUGGCGUCACUUGCCACCGUCGAUUACGCAGGCAUUUCUGACCGAGCAAAUCGACAAUGUCUUCUCCGGGCGGUACCACUGGGUCUCUUUCCGUCCUGGCAAGAGCAGGUUAAGGGGGCCUUCGCUUGCUCUGUUCUUGGUCAGGUAUUGUCUCCUUUAAUUUCAUGUAUCGCCGUAGCCCACAGGUUGUUUUGCGUUUCUUUUUUUCGGUUCUUGAGGUGAGGGGUGCUUUUGAAUGGCUCUGUAGUUACUUAUGCAAACACAACAGGGUAAGUGAGAGUUAGAACCGAGAAGUCCAUGACUAUUGAGGUUGAGGUGGAAGUUGAAUGGCACAUAUGCCCGUUGUUACUCCUUGGAAAUUGUUGAAUGCCAGGGGAUAGGUCCUUUGGCUUGAUUGCAUAAUUUGAAUGAAAGUGAAUCCAUUAGGACAAUCACGGCGGCCUGUCUAUUAUGCACGUGCUAAUAGAUUCGACAUGAUUUUAAUUUGUACAUUAGAGUCUUGCAAGGAGUGAGUUGUCAUCACCAAACGUGGCUGUAGUUUUGUUGCUCCAUAGUUUAACCCCUUGGCAUUCUGAAGGUCUUUCGGUAAAUUUUCUCCUGUUCUUGUAAAAUGGGGGUGACAUUGUAUGAUCCUCACAUCUUAGACUCAAAAUCCAGCUCAACAUUGCGGUUCUUAAAUGAGGUUUCUUUUGGUAUUUCUCGAUAUAUUCUGCUGGAACUUCCCUCACCCCUUCUCUUUUGUGAACGCCUUGCAUGCUUGCUAAUGUAGAUUCCCCAUCUGUGCACUGUAAUUUGUCUGCAUGUGAACCUGCAUGGUCUACCUAGCAUCUAUGGCUUGGGUUUAAUUGAAUUCUGGCCCACUGUUUUGAUGCUUUCCUCUAUUAUCUUGAAGAUAAUGUUGUGAGAGGACGUGCAUCAUCUCACUCUGUUUUCCUUGACAUAUUGUAGCCAGAAGCGCUAUACUUUUUCUAGAGCCUAUAUCAAGUUCAAGAGGCUGGAAGAUGUUACUGAAUUUGCGGGGUUCUUUAAUGGGCACGUGUUUAUGAACGAGAAGGGUAGUUUUGACUAGAUUCAUUUCAAAUACUUUGUUAUGGUGCUGUGAAUUUUGUGCAUACUUGAGAAAGCGAAUUUAGUUCCAGUUGGUCAUCAUGCAACUCUUCAACUAAAUCUCAGUAACACCCAUGGAUCUAUCGCCUGUUAAAGUAGUGUACUUUAGAAAGUGUUCUUCUGCUUAAGUUAGUGGUUAUACUUUUUUCCCAGGAUAUAUUUCUGCAGAAUUGAAUUCUGGGUCAUGGAAUCCUUUUGGACUGAAUACUUCAACAAUUUACACAAAGAAAUGACCUUCAAAGAGUGAAAAAAUAAUCUUAAAUGUUGGUUCUUUUUCUAAUCCAUUUCAGGUGCUCAUUUUAAAACAAUUGUUGAGUAUGCUCCUUUUCAAUGAUUUCCGGCCCAACGUUUAAGGAAAGAUAGUCGUGAAGGGACCCUAAUUACAGGUACCACUUUACCAGCUUUACCAUGCUGCAUGUGUGCAUGUUUGUAGAAUGAUUAGGUAAUAAUUCCUCCACACCUUCCAGAUCCUGAGUAUAUUGAAUUCCUCAAAUUAUUGGUAAAGCCUGUUGAGAGUCUUCCCAGUGUGGAGAUACAGCUGGAGAGAAGAAAGACAGCGGGAUCCGGUCUGUUAAAGUUUUCCUGAAUAUCACUUUGCGAAAAGAAAUCAUGAGAGGAGCUGACUGGAACAUUAUUUGAUCUUUCACUAUGCAUUCGUAGGUGCUGCAGAAGGUGUUCCUAUUGUUACAAUGCCUCUGAUGGAUUAUGUUCGUCGAAAAAGAGCUUCUAAGGUAGUUACAGUCUGUAUUAUUGGAUCAAAUAGAUCUUUGCACCUGUGAGGAACUGAGAGUUUGGGUAAUGUCUGGGUUACGUGCUCUGGCCAUACUAAAUUUACUUUACUUGGUAUAUGAGUUGUCACAUGGUCAAAUGCUGAGAAGUUUACUGGAAUAGGGGUAAAGCAAUCAAACUGACUGUGCUGUAAAUGGAUGCUAGCUUUUGCUCUAGUUUUGUGAAACCUGAGUAAAAUUAACCUAAAUAUGAUGAAAAAAAUAAUACAUUGUCAUAAUGAUCUGCACUUGGGGCUUGAAUGAUGCUUUAGCUUGUUGAAUAUGAAAAUACUGUUCAUGGUUGAAAGAAUGGCUCGCAGUGAAGUUCCUUCGAAAGUUUACUUUUAUUGACAAUGAAAGAGUUGGUUUCAGUGCUUCUGUUCUGAUUUUUGGGUUAUAUUCUUUGGGUUAUACUAUUCCUUGUUUGAUGUUUGCAUGCAAAGUGGAUAUGACCUCCAUCUGACUCCAAUUGUUGUAUGGAAUGGAACUACAAGACACCAUUAUGUGAUGUGAUAGUGACAAUUAUAGAGUGUUCGUCUUCCAGGAUAGUUUUGACCUUCUUUCCCAUUUGUCAGAGGUUAAGGACAAGAGGCAAAUUGAAGGAAAAAGCUGGGAAAUCAUCAGCUGAAACUAGGCCUUCAUUAUUAUCUAAACUCAAUAGUGAAAAGAGAAGGACUUCCACAACAACGUGUGUUCUAACUGACACGGCAAGAAAAAGUCGCAGAAUAGAGAAAGCGACUUGCAAUUUGAUUGCAAAAGUAGAGAAGUUACAGCUUUCUAACAAAUCUAAUACCUUGGGGCCCACGUUUCCAGCUGAACUCUUGGGUGGUGACAGUGGAGUAGCUGGUUUUGACAAUUGCAGGAACAAGAAAAUCCAGCUUUCAAAAAGGAAGGUCUUUGGUGGUAUUGCACCGCGGCUAUUCCAAGAAAAACACAUGACGGUUCCAUCUGCUGAAAAGCAUGAUCAUCGAAGUGAAAAACGUAAUCUUGUAAAUCAAGAUGUGCGUAAAUAUCUGCCUGAGAUUCAUCUAGGAAAUGAAAAAAGACCACCUGGGGCCCCACUUGUACAACCAUCUGUAAAAGAUGCAAACAAUGCCUCUGAUGUGGUUUUUGAGAAUGACUUACUUGAUUUGGGAGAUGAGAAACUGGAAACUCGAAUAAGGUAGAAGGAUCAAGUCAUUAGACCUGACCAUGGUGUAAGGCACCUUUGCUUUGUCAAUCGGAGGGAUCAAAUGCAAACGAUGAGGUUCUGUCCUCGUUGACAUUUAUUUCUGGUAAAUGUCUCUUAGAGUCUUCAGAUGGUAAGGAUAUGUUUGUAUUUCUUUGUAUUGUAGUAUUUCAGAUUUUGUUGUCUCCUCUGCAUUCAAUUGGACGCUAUCUUCCAGGAGGCAAUGCAGAUCCUCAAGUUACCAUUUCAGCAGUUAGGAGCUCUAGAGUGAGAAAAAGAAACAGC